CUUAGAACUGUCAGUUGUCGUACGUCAAAGUACUUUAAAAUGCAAUUUUUUUGGCAGACAAUUCAACGAGUGAUCGGAAACCACAUUGCAGCCCAAGCCAGUUGUAUCCCCGUAAAAGUAUCUUUUCCUCUUCGACAGAGCGGUAGGUCGACUUUUAUUAGAGUCCGUUUGGACAUGGGUGUGGAGGCAACAUCCGCGUCUUGUGUCCUUAUCCUCAAUCACGGUAAAGACAUGCUACACUAGGCCAAACCACAAUCAUCCGCAAAUGUUGCUCAAACAACAACCGCGAUGUGCGUUUUGUUUGCCGAGACCUCGCCGUAUGACAUCGUUAUCAAGUGUUUGGCUGAACACGCAGAAUAGAAUAUCUUCAAGUUCUAGACCAACCACGCAAGACCGGUACUCCGUUCUCCAUUCCCGGAUCGUCAUCCCAGCUCCAGCCAGCUCCAGGCUCCCCACCCGACGCCGUCGACCGCCAUUGUGGUGCCUACGUGUAGCUUCGGAGCUGACACUUGCCUCAACUCACCUUUCUCUCUCCAACACUUUCCCCCCGUUCCGUUGUCUUCGUGCAGAGCUUCCGGGUUUUCCAAUUUGCAUUGCGCACAAUCCAGGCGUGUUUGGAGCUUCACCAUGUCUGUUACCGUCGAAAAGAUCCUAGCCGCUUCGCCCGCUACCCAGCGCGGCCAGCCGACGCAGCUCUCCUCCGACAACAAAGGAGAGCGUCUUGCAUAUGCUGCCGGCAAAUCCAUCUUCCUCCGAUCCAUCGACAACCCCUCCGUCAGCAAGCAGUACACCGGUCACACCGCGCAAACGAGCGUUGCCCGCUUCUCGCCCAGCGGUUUCUACGUCGCCAGCGGAGACGUCUCGGGUUCCGUAAGAGUCUGGGAUGCCGUCGAGGCCGAGAACACCAAGGGCGAGUACCACAUCAUCUCGGGCCGCAUCAACGAUAUUGCCUGGGACGGCGACUCCCAACGGAUCAUUGCCGUCGGCGACGGAAAGGAGCGGUUCGGCCACUGCAUCACGGCCGACAGUGGCAACUCGGUCGGAGAGAUCAGCGGGCACUCCAAGGCCGUCAACUCGGUCGCCGUGCGGCAGCAGCGUCCGCUGCGCGCGGCCACCGUCUCCGACGACGCAUCUCUCUGCUUCCUGCACGGCGCGCCUUUCAAGUUCAACUCGAAGAACGCCUCGGCUCACAAGGGCUUCGUUUUCGGCACGGCCUUUUCCCCCGACGGCAGCCAGCUCGUGACGGUCGGUGCCGAUAAACGCAUCCAGCUCUACGACGGGAAGACGGGCGAGCCCACGAUUUCGAUCGGUGAGGGAGAGCACACCGGCAGCAUUUUUGCUGUGUCUUGGGCCAAGGAUGGCACCAAGUUCGUGACCGCCAGCGCGGACCAGACCGUCAAGCUCUGGGACGUUGAGGCCGGCAAGGCCACGCAGACGUGGAAGUUUGGCGACGGCGUCAGCGUGGGCGACCAGCAGGUUGGAGUCGUCUACCCCCACGGCAGGACCGACGGGUUGAUCAUUAGCUUGAACCUGAACGGCGACUUGAACUACCUGAACGAGGGCAGCGAUAGGCCCAGCAAGAUCGUCCAGGGCCACAACAAGAGCAUCACAGCGCUGGGCGCUUCAUCUGAUGGCAAGGGUCAGACGCUCUGGAGCGGCAGCUUUGACGGCCGCGUCUGUCAGUGGGACGUGGCCUCGGGCACCGGCUCCGUCGUCGACGGACAGGCGCACACGAACCAGGUCACCCAAUUCAGUGCCGAGGGGGGACAGACGUACAGCGUCGGGUGGGACGACCACCUGCGGACGGUCGACGAGUCGGCCAACACCUUUGCCGGCGAGUCCGUCAAGCUCGCGGCGCAGCCCAAGGGCGUCGCGGCCACCAGCGGGAGGCUGUACGUGGCCACCGUCGAGGGCGUCGACGUUUACGAGAAGAACAAACUGGUCUCGGAGAAUCGGCUUGGGUUCGCUCCCGGUGCCAUUGCGGCCUACGGCUCAACGGUGGCGGUGGGGUCCGGCAACUCGGUCAAGAUCUACAGCGCCGACGGCUCAGGCAAGCUUUCGGAGACCAAGUCUCUCGACAAGUCAACCGCGCAGGUCUCCUGCCUGUCCUACUCUAAGGACGGCCAGUACUUGGCCGCGGGCAACCAGAUCGGCAAGAUCAUGGCCUACAAGUCGGCCGACUGGGAGGUGGCGACGGACCGCUGGUCUGCGCACACGGCAAGGGUUACGUGCAUCAGCUGGAACGACGCCGCGACGCACGCCGUCUCCGGCGCCCUGGACACGCACGUCUACGUCUGGAGCUUGGCGAAGCCCGGAAGCCGUGUCAAGGCUCUCAACGCCCACAAGGACGGCGUCAAUGGCGUCGCGUGGGUCGAGGGCGGAUCCAAGAUUGCGAGCGCCGGCGGUGACGCCGCGAUCAAGGUGUGGACCGUGGCUGGGCUCCAAUAGUCGGACAGCAAAAGUAAACCUGUAGACAUUUUUUUCUUUGACAGAUGAUGAUUGAAUGAAAGAAGCGGCAUGAUGUUA